AUGGCUGAUGAAUUGUGCAAUGAUGAAGCUCUGACAAGUGUUGAAAAUAUGUACCAAGUGACUAUGUUAGAAAUCAUUGACAUAGUGAUUACAGAACUUAGUGACAGAUUUGAAUCUUUGAAUAAUGUAAACAGUAUGUUUGGGUUUUUGAGUGGUGUUAAAAUUGAAGAAAUGCAGACAGCAGAUCUAAAAAUUAAAGCCGAAAAUUUGGCAAAUAUAUACUCAGCUGAUCUCAACAUUGAUGAAUUCAUGUUUGAAAUAGAAAGUUUUAAGCAUCACGCUUUGACAGUUGACAAAAAAAUGUCAAAUAAAUACAUAUACACAAACACAUGCUCACACGUACAUCAUUCUAUGAAUACUGUCAUGUCUCAUAUAGUACCUAAAGGUGACAGUAUAGUCACAACAGAGACUGAAAAAUUCGCAUACUAA